CUCACGCCUUGGCUGCACUUGGCAAAUCCCAUGGUGAAUUUUGGACAUUGUUUCCUGAAGUUCCCAUACCAGCAGGUGGCAACGCUUGUCAAUGACACAGACCUCCCUGGGUGCUAUGGCGUUCUUCCCCAGGAGUCUGCGAUAUCCCCUGCCAUCUUGUAUUCCAGUCCUGUGCCUUGCGGCAUCAUCCAGCCUCACUCCACAGUGGAGAUUCCCUUGGCAUUGGAAGUCCAGGAGAGAGGACAGCAGGAGGUGAUUGCUGAUGUAGCUGUCUUUGGAGAUGAAGACUUCCCACUG